GCUAGAGACUGACAUUUGGCUAGCUCUUGUACCCUGGAAAAGAGGCCAACGCCCACCUUUCUGUCCCAUCUUUUACUACGAUGGAAGUGGGAAGUCUUUAUUUCCAUUGCCGACCGAUUCCAUGGAGCCCCGAACUACGUCGUCUUACUAAGCCCACUUUACCGCGCUUCUUAUUCUUCUGUAGGGCUUCUUCUUCCUCUUCAAAUUCACGGGCUGAUUAUAAAGGGCCAAAGCCAAGGAGGGAUUGGGUCGCUGAUUUGGUCUCUAACAACGACGACGCCGUCCGGAGCUUGCCGAUUUAUGUUGGAGGGGCGUCGCUGUUGGCUGUUCUCAUCAACCGCACCGUUUCGGGCAUUGCUCCGGUUGCCGAUGCCAGCAGUUCACAGUCAAGAGCUGAUCUUUUGGCACUUGGAUUGGCUGUCACUAAUAUUCUAACUGGUCUAGUAUGGCUGUCGAUCCGACCAAAGCCUAUAUCUGUGGUAAAUCCUGAAGGGGUUGAAUGUCAGAGAAUAUAUUCUCAUCUCCCCGAUUCUGUAUCUUCUGAAUUAUUGUGGGUGUGGGAAUCUCUGUCAGAUGUGACAUGCUGCAGGACUCUAAUUGUUGUUUAUGAUGGCCACUGUAUCCUUCAAAUUGGUUUUGCAGCUAAAUCUUCCAUUGGUGAUGGUGAGCCUGUGGCAGUGGAUGCCAUUAAACUAACGCAGGGAUCCCUCUAUCAGAAUGUUAUAAAAUCUGGAGCUCAGACCUACUUGGCCAACCUAUCUCUUUAUCCUGGAAAGUCUGAGCUGCCAUUUCUGCCUUCAAAUACACAGGCAGUAAUUCUGCAGCCGCUUGGAGAGAAAGGAGUUGCAAUAAUUGGUGGUGACACCAUUAGGGGUUUUACUACUUCUGAUCAGGCAUGGAUUACUUUAAUUGGAGAAAAGCUGGAUGCUACGAUUGCUAAGAAUGUUAAAAACCUCACAUUGUCGGCACAAGAGUGACUCUGAAAGAAAGACUGAUGUUAAUCUUACCAAAGAUCAUGUGUGCAUAACUUUUGUUGGGGCCUUUACGCAAG